AUGAAGUGUUCGAAGCACAAAUCAGAAUCUGAAGACAUGGCUGUAGUUACCGGAACUUUCCGCAUGGUGUCAGAGGAGGAGCAGGCCCUGCGGACCAAGCUAGAGAGGCUCACGGUGAAGGAUCACGGCCCUGUUUUUGGCCCCUGCGCCAAGCUGCCGGACCACACCGUGCAGAAGGCAAAGGACGAGCUGAACGAGACAAGGGAGAAGCGGGUGUUGGCGGUGAAGGAGCUGCGUUCCCUCAUCAAGGACAAGGCCGGCAGCGGUGACAACCUGGCGAAGGGCGUAGACGACACUUUUGGGGACAAGCCCGAAACCAUCCUGCUGAGGUUCAUACGCGCCCGCAAGUACAACGUGACGAGAGCCUACGAGCUCAUGAAGGGCUAUGUGCGCUUCCGGCAGCAGUACCCCGAGCUCUUCGAGAACCUGACCCCGGAAGCCGUGCGCACCACCAUUGAAGCCGGCUACCCCGGCGUCCUGCACAGCAGGGACAAGUACGGCCGCGUGGUGCUGCUCUUCAACAUCGAGAACUGGGACUACGAGGAAAUCACCUUUGAUGAGAUCCUGCGUGCCUACUGUGUAAUCCUGGAGCAGCUGCUGGAGAACGAGGAGACCCAGAUCAACGGCUUCUGCAUCAUCGAGAACUUUAAGGGCUUCACCAUGCAACAGGCCUCGGGCAUCAAGCCCACGGAGCUCAAGAAGAUGGUAGACAUGCUGCAGGACUCGUUCCCUGCCCGGUUCAAGGCAGUGCACUUCAUCCACCAGCCCUGGUACUUCACCACCACCUACAACGUGGUCAAGCCCCUGAUGAAGAGCAAGCUGCUGGAACGGGUGUUUGUUCAUGGAGAAGAGCUGGGGAACUAUUAUAAGGAGUUUGACGCCGACAUCCUGCCAAAAGAAUUCGAUGGGAAGGGCAGCAAAUACAAUGGCAAGGAAACGGCGAUGAGGCUGUUCGGAUGUGACACCGCCCUCUAA